AUGGGCCAGUGUGACCCGUUGAAAGGCGCCGGGCGUCUCGGCUGGUGCACACCUGCAUUGCUGCCUGAGGAUGGAAUGCAAAGGGUGCUCUGGGAUCGAGGACUUUGCGUACCGAGCCUCCAUCGAAGCUGUCUUCGGGGCCGUUUGACCGUCAGUCGUCCUCUCCAAUCAUACAGCAUGGCUUUUAACUUGCAGAAGUUUCAUCGGCCCUGUGACAUUGGCUUUCGCGUUGAGGUGCACGACAAUCAUCGCCUCCGAAACUGUACAUUCGAUGAGUAUGGAAACAUGAGAGCGCGCAAUCCUCUGCGCCCUGGUGACGCCCAAGCGUGCCGUGACCACCUCAAGUGGCCGCGACUGGAAGGAGGACCAUUUGUCUCGUUCUUUACCAGUUGGAAUGCAGCCCUGCGGCGGCGGCAGUGGAUGAUAGAACGGGGUGCUACCGAAGUUGUUAUUGUCGCCGUUUGGUUGAAGGAUUUGCCCGGAAUCUACGAUGCCUUCGCCAUAGCCCGCGUUCUUGGCCUCGAAAAACUCGACCUAUUUCUAUACGAAGUGUUGAUCCACGGGGGAAUAUCUGCCGACAGCUACAGAAUAUUGGCUAUGUUUCAUGGUAUACAGUCGACUGUGGACGUGGCACUCUGUGUUGCUAGGAUGACCAUGAUGGCCGAGGUGCCGGGAGACUUCAUUGCUGGAGUCCAAGUCAGGACACCCAUUUGUACCCGGCAACUACCCGACCUUACCGUCAGACUUCGAGACGAAAUAUACAUGCACGCUGGGAAAAGGGACGACGCUAAAUUUUUUCCGUUAAUCCUGUCCAUGGCCGACCUCGCAUAUUUGUGCGAGUCAAAUGCAGCCGGCACGGUGAUUACCUGCCCGUCUGCAGGUUUAGGAUGGCGCAUUGAGGCCGUCGUACAGUAG